AUGGCGACUGCAGCGACUUCGACGCCGGCGGCGUGGCAGCCUACGCUGGUCUGCGCGACACUGACUGCGCGGGUGCCCCGGGAGAUGGCAGCGGAGGUGGACGCCGCGGCCGCGCUCGGUGCCGACGUGGCGGAGCUCCAGGUUGGCUGCCUCGACGGCUUUGAGCCGCGCAGGGACCUGCCCGUGCUUCUCGCCCAGCCCCGUCCGCUCCCCGUCAUCGUCUCCUACAGGCCGAAAUGGGAGGGAGGCCAGUACGCAGGCGAAGAUGAGCCACGGUUUGAGGCGCUUCUACUGGCAAUGGAGCUGGGAGCUGAAUACGUUGAUAUCGAGUUCAAGGUCGUUGACAAAUUUAUGAAGUUUUUGUUUGGGAAGAAACCUCAAAACUGUAAGCUCAUUGUUUCAGCAUACGACUACGAGAGCACUCCCUCGGUCAAUGAACUUCUGAAUUUGGUGGCUCAGAUACGAACAACAGGGGCUGACAUUGUGAAAAUUUUAACCACUGCUGCUGACAUUGUAGACGCAUCAACAAUGUUUCAAGUACUUGCACAUUGCCAAGAAAAGCAGGUUCCUAUCAUUGGGCUGGUGAUGAAAGAACAGGGUUUUAUUUCUCGGAUUCUUUGCGCAAAAUAUGGCGGAUACCUUACUUUUGCAUCUCUUGAGAAAGGAAAAGAAUCUGCCCCCGGGCAGCCGACGGUAUCAGACUUGAUAAAUAAGUACAAAAUUAGGCAGAUAGGCCCAGAUACUAAGGUCUUUGGUAUUAUUGGAAAUCCAGUUAGCCAUAGUAAAAGCCCAAUUGUGCAAAAUCAAGCUUUCAGAUCAGUGGGUUUCGAUGCUGUGUUUUUGCCAUUUUUGUCAGAUGACUUGGUUAAGUUUCUUUCUACCUUCUCAGCACCAGAUUAUGCCGGCUUCAGUUGCACAAUGCCCCAUAAGGAAACAGCACUUAGGUGCUGUGACGAUGUCGACCCUAUUGCCAGGGACAUUGGAGCUAUUAAUACAAUUAUUAGAAGGCCUGAUGGAAAACUUGUAGGAUACAAUACGGACUAUUCUGGUGCUAUUUCUGCUAUUGAGGAUGGAAUAAGAGCAUCACAACCAACAGAUUCGACCACUUCGCCACUGGCUGGAAGGCUUUUUGUUGUUAUUGGGGCUGGUGGUGCAGGGAAAGCACUAGCAUAUGGUGCAAAAGAGAAGGGAGCAAGAGUUGUGAUUGCAAACCGUACAUUUGCACGAGCUCAAGAACUUGCCAACAUAAUUGGUGGGACUGCUUUGACCCUGUCAGAGUUGGAAAACUACCAUCCCGAGGAAGGGAUGAUUCUUGCAAAUGCGACAUCUGUUGGGAUGCAUCCAAAUGUCGAUGAAAUUCCAUUAUCUAAGGAAGCACUAAAAUCCUAUGCCGUUGUCUUUGAUGCGGUCUUCGUGCCACGAGAGACUAGACUUCUCCGAGAAGCUGCAGCGUGUGGAGCCACGGUUAUUGACGGUCUGGAGAUGCUAAUCAGGCUAGUGAUGGUUCAGUUUAAGCUUUUCACAGGGGGCAUGACAGAUAACAAGGUCUCUGCAGAUAUCAUGGUUUCUGCAAAAAUGGUUCCAGUUGUACAUAUGUCCUCCUUCCUGCUUCUUCCUCAACGUCUGGGAAGCACCGUAUUUGAUUGA